AAUAAAUAAAGGGAGGGAGGCUGAUUCUCGCUUCUUCGAGCCAUCGCGGUCGUUUGAUUGUCACCCACCGCCUCUAAUGGAGAUGGCGACACGUGUCACUCUAAUUUCUUCUCCUUCAUUGAACGGCUAUAAAAGAUCUCCCAUUUCCCUUCCUUUCUUUUUGCCUUUUCAUCAGAGGAAGAGAAGCAGCAGAACUCUCACAGUUGUAGCUAUGGCAGAUGUACCGCUGAGCACCGUUCUAGUUACAGGAGCCGGUGGCAGAACUGGUCAAAUUGCUUAUAAGAAAUUGAAGGAGAGAACAGAUCAGUUUGUUGCAAGGGGUUUGGUUAGAACACCCGAGAGCAAGGAGAAAAUUGGAGGAGCGGAUGAUGUUUUUGUUGCGGAUAUUAGGGAUGCUGAAAGCAUCAUUCCUGCAAUCCAAGGUAUUGAUGCAUUGAUAAUUCUCACGAGUGCCGUGCCAAAGAUGAAACCUGGAUUUGAUCCAAGCAAAGGCGGGCGACCUGAGUUCUAUUUUGAAGAGGGAGCAUAUCCGGAACAGGUUGACUGGAUCGGGCAGAAGAAUCAAAUAGAUGCUGCUAAAGCUGCGGGAGUGAAGCAGAUUGUUUUGGUUGGUUCUAUGGGUGGAACGGAUCUUAAUCAUCCCUUGAACAGCUUAGGGAAUGGGAAUAUAUUGGUGUGGAAGCGGAAGGCCGAGCAAUAUUUGGCAGACUCCGGCAUACCGUACACAAUUAUAAGGGCUGGGGGUUUACAAGACAAAGAAGGGGGUCUGCGGGAGCUGCUCGUUGGGAAGGAUGAUGAGCUUCUUCAGACUGAAACAAGAACCAUUUCAAGGGCGGAUGUGGCGGAGGCUUGCAUUCAGGCAUUGCAGAUUGAGGAGGCAAAAUUCAAGGCAUUGGAUCUUGCAUCAAAGCCGGAGGGUGUCGGUACGCCGACCAAAGAUUUCAAGGGCCUCUUCUCUCAAGUUUCUGCUUGUUUCUGAGCGCCAACGGUCCCGAUUGUAGCAUUCGAUAAAUGCCAGAAAAUAAAAGGUUGAGAUGUUUCGAAUAUAGUUUGUAUGUGAGGUGAUUAUUAAUAAAGCAUGAAUGUGAUUUCCUGAAA